UCCUCUGGCGGGCCUCCCAGGCGCCUCGCCCCUCCGCUGCGCCUGCGCGGCCUUUCGGCGCAUCCCGCGGGAAGGAGCUGGGCGGGGCAGGCCGGCCCGGAGGAGACUUCUGGCCCCGCCCUCGGCCCCUUCCCUCAAGGCUUUGCUCCUUUGCUCCGGGUCCGCGCGGCCAGUGGAAACCCCGCCCCCACCUCUAGGAACGCUCCACCCCGGGGGGAGGGGGGAGGGAGCGCGGCUUCCGGCUUGCCAUGUCCGGCCAUAGGGCUGGCGGAAGGAGAGAGCGGCCGCAUCGGAAGCUCAGGAAGCGGGCCGCUCUAGCCCCUCUAAAGGCGCCCCGCGUCUCUGGUUCCACGUAGCCGCUGCUCCGCGGGGAAGGCGCGAUGGCGGCGGCGGAGGGCGAGGAGGCGGCUAAGCCUCUGUUUGCAGGCCUUGCAGAUGUGUCAAUAUCUGAGGAUAUUCCAGUAGAAGGAGAAAUCACUGUUCCUGUGGAAUCUCGCUCCCUUGAUGAAGAUUACUCCACACUUGACGAGCCAGUUAAAGACACCAUUAUGCGAGAUCUGAAAGCGGUUGGGAAGAAAUUUGUCCAUGUCAUGUAUCCUAAAAAGAGCAGCGCCCUUCUAAGAGACUGGGAUUUGUGGGGACCUUUAAUCCUGUGUGUAUUGCUUGCACUGAUGCUUCAGGGAAGAUCGGCAGACAGUACAGAAGACAAAGGCCCUGAGUUUGGAGAAGUCUUCGUUAUCGUUUGGUUUGGUGCCGUCGUCAUAACUCUAAAUUCCAAAUUGCUUGGAGGAACCAUAUCUUUCUUUCAGAGCCUGUGUGUCCUGGGCUACUGCAUCCUGCCAUUGACAGUGGCUCUGCUGGUGUGUAGACUGGUACUUCUAGCAAAUUCUGGGACCAUCAGCUUCAUUGUGCGCCUUUUGGUGGUGAUGGCCAUGUUUGGCUGGUCAACAUUAGCCUCCACAGCCUUCCUGGCAGACAGUCAGCCUCCGAAUCGCAAAGCCCUGGUGGUGUACCCCAUCUUCCUGUUCUAUUUCAUCAUCAGCUGGAUGAUCCUCACCUUCACACCUUAGGGAGGCCUGCAGAGCAAAGACUGCAGAACUGGAAAUGUGGUUUUGUGACUGUUGCGCGUGUCGAUUAGUGCUGUCAUCAGGCUGUCCUCUAAAAGUUGUAUAUAAUGUGUGUUGUGGGAAGGCCAACAAAUUUUGGCAUAAAGCUGGGGAGGCCAACUAAUGGUCACUUGCAUAAGCCUUGUUCUUCUGUGAAGCAUCUCCCUACACAACUUUUAUUUUAUCCUCCUCGUAUAUCAAAUGCCAACCAUGAGGCACGCCUGCCCCAUUUGAAGUAUGCUGUUGCUUGAGAGCAAUUUCAGAGAACCCUGUCUUGGGCCAAUGAAGAGUCUUGGGCCAAGGGAAGACCUCCUGUGCUCCACAUUUCCCCGCUUCCUGGAGUUCCAGUCCGCCCUUGACAUUUUGCAUUGUGUAGAAUGUCAUCUGACACGUUUUGAAAUGCAAACAUUCCGAUCCCUUCUUCAUGCAAAGCAGAGAAAGCUGCCUGGAGUUUGUUAGAAGCCAUCUUUUGUUAUUCCACCCACUUUAGUUCUUCACUUUAUUUGGUGUCCAGCCAAGCAUAUGAGGAGACUUUGCUUCGGAAGGUCAAGAAAACAGUGGGAGCUUCAUGCAUUUAAAAUGUGCAUGGAAACAGAACCUUUGGCAACUGCCUUGAUCACAAACAAGGGAUUUUAUCUUUGCUGCGUCCUGUCCUGGGGAAAGAGGCUGGAUGUUGGACAGUUGUCGUUGGAUGCAAAGCUGCAGUCAGCUGAAGGCUCCUCCUCUCUUUCAGAACUCACUGCACAGGGACCCAAGUAUUUAAAAGUGGAGACCCCAAAGAGGUUUGGGGAGGGGGGAACAGAGUCUCUGUCUUUACCAAAGCUGUUGAUUUCUUUACGGAUCUGACUGACUGAAGAGGUAUUUGAAUGGGAGGGGCACGCCAGUGAGCUGGUUUGUCUGACAUAAAUACAUUUGUGAAGUUCCUGUGUCUUUUGGGCUUUGUUAAGUGGAAGACUUCCUGUGUAACUGCAGAAAGAAAAUGUGAAUGUAUAUUUUUAUGCACCAAUAUAAAUUAUUCACUGAGAUUCCGUCUGCACAUCCUUCAAUCGUGAACUCUUGUUCUUGCUCAGCUCUCGCUAAAGCUUGGGAAGAUGCAUUUCUUCUCCCCCAAAUGGGCUUUGCCACCAAAGAAUGAUCGUUUGACCGAGAUGAUGAAGGAAGAAGCUUAUUCUGCAGAAAUGCCCUGAUCCAAAUGCAUAGUGAACUUUGGUGCACAUUAUCAUAUUAUACAGGGGAGAUCUGAUGAGGGUUUACUGUAACAAAUAUAUCUUAGGGUUUUGUGCUUAAAUAUUGCACAUUGCAAAUGAGACAAAAGGAAAACUGAUUUUCAGUUUGUGGCAAGUUUGAAAAUGGAAUAUAUGUAAGAAUGCCUGUGUUUAUUGUGACAACUGGGGACCCAAAGUUUCUGCAUCAUCUUGGGACCCUUUUGUACCCAAAGUUUCUGCAUCAUCUCUUAAAUUAUGGAAGUGUAACAGGCCUUUGUAUUCCAACACAGCUGUGUCAUAUGACCUUGUGGAAUUCUGUGGACAGCGGGCUUUGCAUCUUGUGUGAAAAAGGCUUCAGGCAGAGUUAUACUGACGUAUACAUGGCAACUUUUCUCACCAGAUUUUUGUAGUGCUUGUUCCUGUGCAUCUGUCCUGAAAUGGUGGCCUCGAAUAAGGUCCAGGCAUCUCAGAUGUUGCUUCCCAUCGUGAUUAUCAAGCUGAGAGUUCUGUCGGCUCCAUUCUCUUACAAGUCCUGAACAGAGAUCUUCUUUUGUUGCCUGCCUUGAAUCUUCCAUGUGAAAUCCUUCUUUUCAAGAAAAAGAAAGUUCUUCAGGCAUCCCUGCGAGGGGAUUAAGCACUUGUAGAAAGCUGCAGGGACAAUAUGAAUCAUCAGCCUGGCUUCUCAGCAGGGUGUAAAUAAAAUUUAGUUUUGCCUUAAACUUUAACAAGUACCAGGGUGUGACUGAGAGAAAGGGGUAGUUCCUGUACGAUUUAAAAUCCAUCCCUCAAAAACAGUUUCCCUCCUUUUUUUUCAGGAGGCUCUGUUUUCUUUAAAGCUUUGGCAAAAUAGGUAAUUUAGCUGUUUAUUCCAUGAAUUCCUGAGACGUUGUUUGCAUAUUAUAUUUAUUAAUUGACAUAAAAUGUUUAUAACCAAA